AUGGGUAAUCCCUCAGUAGUACCAUCCCAUCAUCACCACCACCACAACCAGAUGAACUCAACUGGUGGGAUUGAUUACAAUAGGCAGCCGAUGGGGCUGAUGGAGUCGAUAGGUCUGGCACCAAAGGGGCGUCCGACUAGUUAUGGGAAAGCAAAUGACGAUGAUCUUAGUGAAGAAGAUGAUCCAAGCUUGAUGGAAGAUGGCCAGGUAUCCCACGGUUCGAAGGGUACAAAGGUAUCUCCAUGGCACCGGAUGAAAUGGACGGAUAAUGUGGUGAGGCUUCUAAUUGCUGUUGUUGCUUAUGUGGACGAUGAUGGUACAGAAGCUGGUGAGAGCCACAAGAGGAAAUCUGGGGUUCUGCAGAAGAAGGGCAAGUGGAAGACUGUUUCCAAGGUCAUGAUCGGCAAAGGCUGCCACGUUUCGCCCCAGCAAUGUGAGGAUAAGUUCAAUGAUUUGAACAAGAGGUACAAGAAGUUGAAUGAUAUUCUUGGUAGGGGAACAAGUUGCCAAGUGGUGGAGAACCCUGGCUUGAUGGAAUCGAUGCCUCAUCUUUCGUCCAAGGCCAAGGAUGAAGUUAAGAAGAUACUGAGCUCGAAACACUUGUUCUACCAGGAGAUUUGUGCUUACCAUAAUGGACAAAAAAUCCCCAACUGCCCUGAUGUUGAUCUCCAAGGCUGCUCAUUACCCAUGAAGGGACACUGGAGAGAGAAUGAUGGUUCUGAGGAGGAUGAGGAAAAUGAUGAUAGCGAAGAUGAUGGCUCCGAGAAUGAAGAUGAAAAUGUCGAUAUGAAUGCUGAGACGACUAGAAGAAAUGAAGAAGGAAAUAGCUAUGAGGUCGAAAUGGCUGCAUUGUUUCGAGACCCGAAUGUGACAUCUGGGGAGAGGAAGCUGUGGGUCAAGAACCAGAUGCUUCACCUACAGGAGCAACGAGUCAGCAUUGCGGCUCAAUCCCUUCAGCUCGAGAAGCAACGCCUCAAGUGGUUGAAAUACAGAAGUAAGAAAGACAUGGAGUUCGAGAGAUUGAAGAUUGAGAAUGAGAGACUGAGGCUAGAAAAUGAGCAAAGCAUGGCACGGAUGAAGCUGAAGCAGCUGGAAGUUGAUCUUGGACAUUCUGAUGCAUCAGUAGAUCCAGUUACUCUUGGAACUCAACGACCACAAGGAAAAGAGUCGAUUGAUCUGAGUAGGCCACACUGUAGAAUGGCUGACGCUUGA